GUAUGGUUGAAUAGUUGGCUGCUUUUGUAGCUUUGUUGAUGUCAGUUUUCUUAGAGAAGCCAACUCUCUCUGGUGGAGCUUUCUAUAAUACACACACAAAUUAAGCCUGUAAGGACUAGAAUAACGUCAACCACUGUUUUCACACUACAUAGAGAGGGGGAAGUAAUUGUCCCCGGGCCAAAAGUAAGAGAAAGAGGAAAAUAUGUGAUUAGAAGAUAACAGAAAAGGAGAUCCUCAUCGAGGUUUUAUUGCAGAAGAAGAAAGAAAGAGAAUACAGGAAGUGAGAAUUCUGGUGGUGGGUGGUAGUUAGAUGAAGACUGAGGCUGUCAAUACAGGAAGGGGAUGUUAAACGUGCCACUGAGCUGAGAGAAGCCAAAACAAACGGUUAAGACCAAGACAUCACGAGCGUCGGCAUGAAGACGGACAGACAGAACGGAGAGGCCAGGAAGUUUGAUGCAAACUUCAAGGGACCGAUCCACAACAGGGGUUGCACCGAUGUCCUCUGCUGUAUCCUCUUCAUCCUCUUCCUGUUCGGAUACUUCGCCGUGGGGCUCCUGGCUUGGUCCCAGGGCGACCCCAGGAAGGUGAUCUACCCCACGGACAGCAGGGGGCAGUUCUGUGGGCAGGCCGGGACUCCCAUGGAGAAGAAGCCUCUGCUGUUCUACUUCAACAUCCUGAAGUGUGCCAGCCCCCUGGUGCUCCUGGAGCUCCAGUGUCCCACCACACAGAUAUGCGUGGAAACGUGUCCCAAGGAGCACCUCACCCUGCUCACAGCCAAGCUGAGCUUGGACAGAAAGAAGCAAGACUAUUACAGGAGUUACUGUAAGGAAGGAACCAACUUCACCAAGAUGAGCGCCCCGGACAUCCUCAGCCAGGGACUCUGUCCAGCCAUGCUCAUCCCCAGCCAAGCCUUCACCCACCGCUGUCUCCCCGCCCUGGGCACCCUGAAGGGGGUGGUGGUGGUGGGGAACGAGACCUCCCUGGCGGACAACGCCGGAGACCAGGUCAACGCCACGCAGCUAUUGGACGCCGCCAAGAAGUCCAACCUGGUGGUGGAGGCGCGGCAGGUGGCCAUGAGGAUCUUUGAGGACUACACCGUGUCCUGGUACUGGAUCCUGCUCGGCCUGGUGAUAGCGAUGGUGGUCAGCUUCGUCUUCAUCGUGCUGCUGCGGUACCUGGCCGGGGUGAUGAUCUGGGUCAUGAUCAUCCUCGUCAUCCUGGUCAUCGGCUACGGGAUCUUCCACUGCUACUGGGAGUUCGCCAGUCUGAAGGGAGUGGCCGGAGCCGACGUCACCAUCAAGGACCUGGGCCUGCAGACGGACUUCUCCAUCUACCUGCAGAUCAGACAGACCUGGCUGGCCUUCAUGAUCAUCCUGGCCAUCGUGGAGGUGGUCAUCAUCCUGCUCCUCAUCUUCCUGAGGAAGAGGAUCCUCAUCGCCAUCGCGCUGAUCAAGGAGGCCAGCAGGGCUGUGGGCCAUGUGAUGUCCUCUCUCUUCUACCCACUGCUGACCUUCUGUCUGCUGGCCAUGGUGAUCGCCUACUGGGCCGUCACUGCCGUCUUCCUGUCCACGUCCAAUGAGCAGGUGUACAAGGUGUUCAACAUCAGCGCGGGGGAGUUCACCAGGAACAGCUGCGUCCCCGAGUCCUUCAGCCCCAACAACUUCUCGGCCGGCACCCUGGACACCGAGUGCCGCUUCGCGUUCUACGGCGGCGAGACGCUCUACCACAAGUACCUGAUCGUGCUGCAGUUCUACAACCUCUUCCUCUUCUUCUGGUGCGCCAACUUCGUGACGGCGCUGGGGCAGGUGACGCUGGCCGGGGCCUUCGCCUCGUACUACUGGGCCUUCAAGAAGCCCGAACACAUCCCCGCCUACCCCAUCUUCGCCUCCCUGGGCCGAGCCCUCAGGUUCCACACGGGCUCCCUGGCGUUCGGCUCUCUGAUCCUGUCCCUGGUGCAGAUCGUCAGGGUCCUGUUGGAGUACCUCGACCACAAGCUCAAAGGCGCGCAGAACCGGUGUGCCAAGUUCAUCCUGAGCUGCAUGAAGUGCUGCUUCUGGUGCCUGGAGAAGUUCAUCAAGUUCAUCAACAGGAACGCCUACAUCAUGAUCGCCAUCUACGGUAAAAGCUUCUGCCCCUCAGCGAAGGACGCCUUCUUCCUCCUCAUGAGGAACGUCAUCCGGGUGGCCGUGCUGGACAAGGUGACGGACUUCCUCCUCUUCCUGGGGAAGCUGCUGAUCGUUGGCAUCGUGGGGAUUUGCUCCUUCUUCUUCUUCUCCGGAAGGAUCAAAGCUGUGGAGGAGACCGCUCCGUCUCUCAACUACUACUGGGUCCCCAUACUGACGUUGGUGGUGGGCUCCUACCUCAUCGCCCACGGGUUCUUCAGCGUGUACGCCAUGUGUGUGGACACCCUCUUCCUCUGCUUCUGCGAGGACCUGGAGAGGAACGACGGCUCGUCGGAGCGGCCGUACUACAUGUCCCCGGAGCUCCACGAGAUCCUCUCCAAGGCCAUGAAGCCGGAGGAGACCCCCGGCGAGAGCCAGGGGGACGGGGGCAGCCCGGGGGAGGAGGCGACCCCCCUCAGCCAGCAGGGCUCGGAGGUCCAGCUGAAGCACCAGGCGCUGCUCACCACGGAGCAGGAGCAGGAGACGCUCCUGAAGGCCGGCGCUGAAGCACCUACUGCAGCCGCAGAGGAAGAGGAGGAGGAGGAGGAGGAGGAGAGCGAAGGGAAGGCCGGUCCGAAGCAGGAGGCUGAGAAGAAGGAAGAGAAGGUGGAGGAAAAGAUAGGAUCCCAGGAGGAGGUGAAGGCCAAGGAGGAGGAGGUGAAGGCGGUUGCGGAGAAAGAAAUAAACGAAGAGAAGAAAGAUGAGACCGGAGGAGUCGAGCCUGCGGCCUCGAACAAGGAGUAGGGUCAUGUGACUGGGGUCAGCGAGCAGGGGGGGGGGGGGAGUUAAUUAUACAUGACGAGCUUGGCUGAAACGUAGGGGGUUUAAAAGAGGGUUUAUAUGCAUGUGCUCAGUGGCACAGCCCCGCCUGCCCCCUUGUGGUCGGACCGAGCGGGUGACGUAGACGGAGUCUGUUCUGUGGGUGUGUGUGAGCUCCAGGCCUGCUUCCCCCUCGUCAGAGAGGGGGUCUU